AUGUCUUCUCUCCUGGAUUCCAACACGUUCAAUCCGGACACGGAUAUUCCUGAUUUGUCAGGCAAGAACUAUAUCGUCACCGGAGGCAGCGCUGGGAUAGGCUUUGGGAUCGCCGCACAUCUCCUGCAGCAUCAUGCUGAAAACGUCACUAUCCUGUCCAACAAGGAGGACCAUGCUCAUUCCGCCCUCGAAGAGCUGAGAGAGUAUGGAGACGCGAGCAAGGCCUAUUGGGUGAAAUGUGAUCUCGAGGAUCUCAAGCUCACGCAAAAGGUGGCCGACGACUUGGCAAGCUCGCAGGACAAGCUCCACGGUCUCAUCCUCAAUGCCGGACUGGGCGUCGGAGUCUAUAACGAGACCAAAGACAAGCUCGAUUCACACUUCCAGGUCAAUCACCUUUCGCAAUUCCUCCUCCUCCUGAAGCUCCUCCCUCGACUGCAAAACACUCCAGGAGCUCGCGUGGUCUUUGAGUCGUCCGAACUGCAUCGCGGUGCGGACGCCAACGUGCAAUUCGAGAACGAAGCAGAGAUCAAUCAGGACAUUGGGCCUACGAAGCUCUACAACCGGACCAAACUUGCUCAAAUCUUGACCACGCGGGCUCUCCAGCGCCGGAUCGAGAAUGGCCAGCUAGGCUUUCAAGCGGGUCAAAAAAUCUAUGUCAAUGCGGUUCAUCCAGGAGCUGUCGCGACUGAUCAACCACUUCAAGCUGAAGAAGCGUAUGGGAAGCUAGGCGUGGUCGGUCAUGCGCUUGUCAGACCUUUCAUGAAAGAUCCUAUUGCGCAUGGGUGUCGACCAGCGCUGUAUGCAGCGACAAGUCCGGAGAUCGAGGAGAAAGGUAUUACUGCACAAUAUAUCGUGCCUGAUAAGAAAGUGACAGAUCCAAGUAGUAAGGCUACUGAUGAGGAGCUGGGCGAGCGAUUAUGGAGGCUAAGUGAACAAUUACUCAAAGACAGACUAGGUGAAAUUUCAUAG